AAAACAACAAAAAAACCCAGCCUAGCAGCUGCUAGCUAUUGCUACUACCUCCCUUCUCCAUCCGCUCCAAGUUGCCAUGCGCGCUGGCUACGGAUGAUGACUACUACAACAAGUCGAUCCCAGCAGUAGAAGCUAGCUAGCAUCGAGAUCUGCUGGCUCCGGCAUAUCAUCGAUCCCCGGCCGGCCCGCUGUAGAGCAAGCAAAUGGCCAAGUACUACUGGGGUAUGCUGGGCGCCGCAACCACCACGACCCGCGCUGGUACUGGUAGCAGCCUCAUCAGGUCCACCUGGCCACCUCCGGCAGCGCAUGGCGGCGGCCGCAGCGGCGAGCCGUCGUGGGAGGAGCUGGCCUUCGCCCAGGACGCGGCGGGGCAACUCGGCGGCUGCGUCUGGCCGCCGCGCUCCUACACGUGCACCUUCUGCCGCCGAGAGUUCCGGUCCGCGCAGGCGCUGGGCGGCCAUAUGAACGUGCACCGCCGCGACCGGGCUCGCCUCCGGCAGUGCGCCCCGCCGGAUCAUGACCAGGAGCCGAUCGCCGCGCCUCUUCCAGCGCCGGAAUUGGCGGAUCACCAGCAGCAGCUUCUGCAACUGCAUGGAUCUCCCAUGACCAAGGCGGCAGUAUUAUUCUCUGGCCGCCCUGCUGCUGCUUGCUGUACUCAUCAGCAAACUUAUUGCAAUAACAACAGGGAGGGGGAGGGGGAGGAUUCUCCUGCUCGGUACAUAUCAACGACGACGACCAUCAUCAAGGACAGCAAGAGCAAGGUACUCAUCUCCAUACCUGCAGCAACGACAGCAACGGGGAGCAAAAAAGCCGCUACUACUAUAGCAAUCAUCGGUGAGGAGGAGGAGGAGGAAGAAGAAGAGGAAGAGAUCAUGGUGACGGGGCGGAGGACGAAACGAAGGCGGCUAGUCCAUCAGCCGUUCUACGACCUGCGGCGGCUUCCGCCGGCAUCAUCAUCACCCAAUAAAGGAGGAGUUGAAGAUGAUGAUGCAAAGGUACCCAAAUUAAGCAGCCCUAGUAGCCUCAGUCAUCAUCUUGCAGGCCGGCAAGAAGAAGUGGAUCUGGAGCUCAGGCUUGGCACUAGCUGCUAGCUAGUCGCGAUCCGCCGUCCGGUCCCUAAAUUAAGUUGCGUGAAUGGAUCCAUAUAUCUCUCUUUUCACUUCACCAUAAUUAAGAUCGAGUGUGUGCGUGCACAACUGAAUCAUAUAUAUCAUCUGCUGCUUGCUUCAUUCAUAUAUCAUAUAUAUAGUAUGCUUCUCGUGAUACUUGUUCUUGAUUAGUUUCAUCAAUUUGUCUCUGGGCCUCUUGAAUUUGGUCAUCUUCGUUCUGCCAAAUUAAAGACCUUAUUAUUAAUUAGCUCUCCAAAUAUAAUUAAUAUGUACAUCGAUCGGGA